AUGUCCAACUUAAUGACCCAGCAAGCUUAUUAAAUUGCGUCAAAUUCUUUACUUAAGUCAGUGGUCCUUACAAAAUUCGAUGUGUACCAAAAUUGUUGUAAAAUUGUAGUUCUCUUUUUCUCACUCAAGUCUUUUUGUUUUCCAUUUUCGUGAAAUGACCAGUCCGCACCCUAUUUUACUGGCCUGUUUUGUGCACUUGGUGCUGCAUACAACGCUCUUCAUACAGCUGGAUCCGGAUACUUUUAAUGACACCCCCAUCCUGGGCAGCCAGAUAUUCUAUCUGUCGGUGAUGGAUCUGCUGUGCGACUGCGAGGUGAUUCCAGGCCACUGGAACGGCGUACCUCCAUGGGGCAGGUUUAUCCUGGAGACCUUCGUCGCCUUCCUAAUUGGCGAAUUUUCCAUGAUGCUGGUGUGGCUCUCCAUGGAGAAGUUUCUCGUCGAGCUCCUCAAAUGGACGACUCUGCGUCACCACUCCAAAUUAUUGGUUCUGGAGAUCAGCACGGUGGCUCUCGGCACUAUCUUCUCGCUGCUAGUGGCUGCGAUGACAAAUCGAACGGCCAGAAUGCAAAAAAUAGGAAGCAAUGUCUGGGGCACUAUCAUACAGUAUAGAUGGGAUCUGUGGGGAAAAAAAGAGAAAACCGUCGAAUGUGAUUCAUUUAUCAAGCGUAGAGUUUCGACGGUUUUGAAUAAGCGUUUUCACAAUAUCUGAAUUUGUUCUGAGAAGCAUUUAUAAACCAAUUCCUUCUCUGUACCUUCGUAAAUUUGGCAUACCAUUUAUAUCUACUAUAUGCAUAAGUGUACACUCUGGUACUUAUUAAAAGCAAUAAUUUGUAAUUUAUUAAACAU